ACCGAUGAGCUCCUACGAUGGAAUGCCAGUGACUAUGGAGAAAACUCAAGGAUAACUCUCAAACCAUCGCGGAUCUGGACUCCUGACCUGGAACUUUACCAGAAUAUGAAACACGAACAAAGUCAUAUUUACGAUGAGAAAUUUAGAGUAAUAGUUUUCUCAGAUGGGGCUGUCAUCUGGUAUCAAACACCAAUCCUUCAUUCUGCCUGUGCGAUUGAAAUCGCCCGGUUCCCUUUUGACAGCCAGGAAUGCGAGAUGAAGCUAGCAUCGUGGUCGUAUGACGCAAAGUACCUUGACUUCCAGCUCGCCGGUGGAGAUGGCGUUGAAUCGAGUCAGCAUCGAGACAAUGCGCAAUGGGAACUGGAAUCAAUUCGUUCUAAAAGAAGUUUGAUGAAACCUCCAUGUUGCGAGAUUAACUUUAUCGAAGUGUUAUACACAAUGAAGUUUAAACGAAAGGCUUUGUAUUAUAUCAUGAACGUAAUUCUUCCAUCUAUGCUUUUGUCACUACUUGCUUCCAUUUCAUUCUUAUUUCCAGCUGGUUCAGGCGAAAGAGUCUCUCUCGUGAUCUCGGUUCUUCUCGGACUUGUCGUGUUCAUGUUGAUCGUGAACGAACGUACACCGGUCACAUCCGACAGUGUACCGUUGAUAACUAAUUUUUUCAACUGUAUUGGCGCAAGUACAGUUUUGGCCCUGUUGGCGACCGCCUUCAUACUGCAUCUAAAUCACAUAUCUUCGGGAAUACCCGUCCCACGUUAUCUGGUCAGGAUCAGGGACUGUAUCGCGGUCGCACUUUGUAUGAAACAGCCGCCUCCAACAAAACGGGUUCAGUUGGAUUUGGAUGAAAUACUGCUCCGUGAAUCGUCAACACAAUACCUUAAUUUUCGAGAUUUGACAGGACAAUCGCCCAUGACGCGAAAGCCCUUCACAGAACAGAAGAUGUUGAUUGAGAUACAAAAAUUGACGAAACAUCUUGAGGAAGAGAAGAAUGCGAGUGAAAUGAUGGAAGACUGGCACUACACGAUGAAUGUUUUCGACAGAUUAUUCUUCAUAAUAUUCUUCUUGAUAUCUUGCUGUUUCACCGCUUACGUUUUCUCAUAUUCCUAAGUUUCACAUCACUCGGGACAAAACAUGAACUAUCUUAGACAAGAGGUCAACUCCUUUCUCUGUCUACAUACAUAUAAUAAUUGCGAUUAACAAAAUAGCCACCAAAAUAAUGUUUAAUUAAGAAGCUAUUCGAAUAGAUAAUAAAUACCGGGAAACUUCGCACUGUUAGUUAUGUAAUGAAUGUCAGUGUUAUAAUUGUCAUCGAAAAAUGUACUUGUUUUUGUUACAGUUGACGCGUAUGGACAAAUAGCCAUAGUGAACACUUAAUAAAUUAUCUAAUCACAUAAAAUGUAUAUGUAUACAGUUUGCAUGGGUGACCAAUGAGAUAUAUCUUAGGUAGUUUAGAACUAUUCAGCAUUCGCUUUAAAUCUUAAUA